ACUGCAUCCGGCAGCGACGACAAGUACUGCGACGACGAUGGCGGUGGUCGACGCAUCCUUCCAGCACUCACCGCAGACUAUUCUCAUUUUCCUUCUCAGAGUCCUCUCGCCGGCUCUCGUUCUUCUUUCUUCUUUAUCUUUGUUCUUUGUUCGUCCUUAUGCCCCUUCUUCGUCAUCCUCGUCACCCAUUACAUCGGUGGUCGUCAGGUCGGAGCUACCCCGCCGUAGCACGAUCUUGCUCUUUCUUACUCUUACUUCUCUAACAUAUCUCGCUGAUGGCCUUGCCUUCGCGGUCUUUGCGGUCGUGACCAAGCAUUGGACACGCGACACUGGUGUUGAAUUUAACGCGGUGCUUGGUCUUGUCGCAUUCUCGGGCUUAGCAGCACUGGGAGCCUGGAAAGAUGUGCAAGGCGUCGAUGUUUGGUUCCGCAAACGAGUCAAAGCCUCAGUUGCUGCUGCUUUAAUAUUGGAUAUUUUAUUGGCGAUAUUUCUUGCACUAAACCUCACAAAGAAAGAUUCGCCUUCCUCUCUUCCCCUCCGUGUUAUUCUCCAGAUUCUUUUCCCUAUCCUUCGAAUAUUAUUUCUUCUUCCCUUGCUAGGGUCCCUGUUAUCUCCACGUAUCGUUUUCACCCCGGUCGAGGCGGAGAAUGGAUUUGAUGAAACUGCGGCCACGGAAUCCUCCUUCCUCCUUCCUCCGGGAGCCAACGCGAAUCCAUCUACUGGACUUCUUGCUGUGCCAGGUCUCGCUCCCGGUGAAUCUGGGGAAUCUGCCAAGUAUGGGACGUUUCGACCCAGUCGUUCCAUCUUCCAGAGGUCUAAUCCCACUACCCGCGCACCAACUCCAUCGCCGUCGCAUAAGGACGCGGACAAGAAACCGGAGGUCUCGCUUGAUCCCUCAUGGUCUGAGAUAGGAAGGCGUCUUAAGCGUCUCACGCCACAUCUAUGGCCAUCGAAGUCUCGCAUGUUGCAAGCAUUGGCUCUUAUUUGUGUUGCCAUACUUGUCAUUGGUAGAGUCGUCAAUGUUGCCAUGCCUUUUGCCCUUGGAGAGCUUGUCAGCAUUCUGGAAGACCGAUCGUCUGAUCGUUCCCCGUGGCCAGUCCUAUUCCUCUAUGUCGCCUUGAGGUUCCUGCAGGGGAGUGGUGGUUUAGCGGCCAUUCGUGACUCUUUUUGGGCACCUGUGAUGCAGUACUCCGACCGUGAAAUGUCGCAGCUAUCCUUUGAUCAUCUGUUAAAUCUCUCAUUUGCUUGGCAUACGCGACGGAAGACUGGAGAAAUCCUUCGCGUUCUCGAUCGUGGCGCUGCUAUCAAUCAUACGCUGGAGCUUAUUUUAUUUAAUAUUGUGCCCACCUUUGUCGAUAUCCUCAUUGCCUUGGUCGUAUUUGUUGUCAAGUUCGAUUGGACUUUGGCAGUCACCAUCUUCAUCGUUAUCUUUGCGUAUGUGUCGGCUAGCGUCGUUUUGACGCAAUGGCGAACGAAGAUACGGAGAAAGAUGAAUGAACGAGACAUCAUAACGCGCGGUAUACAUACUGACUGCCUCUUGAACUAUGAGACAGUUAAGUAUUUCUGUGGUGAAGAACACGAAGCAGCUCGCUAUAGGGACGCCCUCCGAGAGUACCAAACAUUGGAGUACACGGUCAUGAUAUCCCUGAAUAUUCUUAAUCUCGUCCAAAACUUUAUCAUCACUGUUGGGCUCCUUGUCGGAUCGCUCAUCGUUGCGCGCAGUGUAACACACGGCCAGGCACACGCAAGCGACUUCGUCAUCUUCAUCACUUAUUUAGGCCAGCUUUAUGCUCCUUUGAACCAACUCGGAUAUAUUUAUCGGUCUGUGAACCAAUCCUUGGUCGACACGGAGAAGCUUUUGAAGCUUCUCAACGAACCAACGGAAAUCAAUGACAAGCCCAAUGCACCUGACCUUGUGGUCCAGGACGGCGAGAUAGAAUUUGAUAACGUUAGCUUUUCGUACAACGAUCGCACGACGGCUCUCAGCGGUGUUUCGUUUAAAGUACCUAAAGGCUCUUCUGUUGCGCUGGUUGGAGAGUCAGGUUCUGGAAAGUCCACCAUUCUCCGUCUCCUGUACAGGUUCUACGAUUUGAAGGAAGGACAAGGAAGAAUUCUCAUCGACGGCAAAGAUAUCAGGGAUGUUACGCAGAAGAGCUUGAGACAAGCCAUCGGAGUUGUUCCGCAGGACUCUGUUCUGUUUAACACAACUAUUGGUUACAACAUUGGAUACGGCAAAUUCGGAGCAACCCCUGAAGAAAUUGAAGCCGCUGCGAAAUCGGCACAGAUGCAUGACCGAAUUAUGAGCUUCCCCGAAGGAUAUGAUACAGUUGUAGGAGAGCGCGGUGUGAGGCUGAGCGGCGGAGAAAAGCAACGCGUUGCGAUCGCCAGGACUUUGUUGAAAAACCCGCCAAUCCUACUCCUGGAUGAGGCCACAAGCGCUCUGGACACCUCGACGGAGAAAGACAUUCAGAAGGCUCUAUCGAAUCUGAUCACCGGUCGCUCUUCAUUGUCGAUCGCUCAUCGUCUAUCAACAAUUUCUUCUGCGGAUGUCAUUCUGGUCCUCAAAGAUGGUCAAAUAAUCGAACAAGGCAGUCACAAAGAGCUGCUUGCCCGGGAUGGAAUAUUUGCAUCCAUGUGGGCAGAUCAGGUGUCGUCUACCGAGGAUCCUGCGGUUUCCCUAACGGAUAUGAAGCAAGAUAUCGCACCCUAUUCUUAUUCUAUGGAUGCUUCGGAACAUGGUGACGGCGAUGGUUCAUUCGAACCGGCUGAGCCUAUUGGUAUUGCUCCCAUUGUGAAUGAACCAGCUGCUUCUAUUAUAGAGCCUCAUGCCGAAGACCCGGUGCAGGAGGAAGACAGUAAGGCCCCCAUCCCUCCGCCCCAGGAACCUCCUGAGCCUGCUGCCGUAUCUGUCCCCUCAUCUGACGUCGCAGACGUACCUGCUGCUACUACUGAUUCACCGUCCCCCGUGACCUUCCCCACCUCUGAGCCUGAGCCCGUUGCGUUCCCGGCGGCGGAGGAGACUGUGGCGGACCCACAAAUCCCAUCUCCAAAGCCUGCCUCCCAAACGCCGGGAGUUACGUUUGAAACCAGUGGUACUCCGUCGCGCAGCGGGACACCCGACCCCGAAUCUGAGCCAAAGAGGAAGAGGAUUUCUUCUCAGAACUUCCAGAGACUCGCGAGGCGGAUCUCCAUUACGGCAAGAAGACAAGGAUCUGUAUCGUCCAUGAUUCCUGGGCUGAAGAAGGAUAACUCCCCGCGUGUAUCUGUUGAUGAAGGGGCCGGCAGCAGUCGAGGAGAGGGGAGCUCCCGAAAUGAGAGCCCGACGCCAAGUGUUUCCGGCGAUGACAAGAACAAGAAGAAGAAGGAGCGGAAGGAGCGGAAGAGGAAGAGUCUGAUGUGAACGCGAUCUUUUGUUUCUUUUUUUUUUCAUUUGCGCAUUGUUCAAUUUGAACCCCAGAUUUUUCACUGACGAUUUUCACGACGGUUAUGAACGUCCCAUACCAUAAUAAUGAAGUUUGUUUCCUACUUUGGU